AAAUGGCAAAUAAACCUCACGCAGCCCUUCUUGCCAGCCCUGGUAUGGGCCACCUCAUUCCGGCGAUCGAGCUCGCCAAGCGCCUCCACACCCAUCAUGACUUUCUCGUCACCGUCUUUGUCGUAACCACCGAUUCCUCCACCGCACGCUCUCUCAUCCUAAAAUCCACUUCGAACCUACCCUCCCUCAACAUUGUUAUAUUCCCUCCUGUAGAUGUCUCCACAGAACUUGGCCCUAACCCUCCUCUAGAAGCUCGAAUGAACUUCACCAUGAUUCGGUCCCUCCCUCUUUUGCAUUCUUCCAUCUUAUCGAUGAACCCUCGUCCCAUAGUUCUUAUCGUGGACAUCUUUGGUACCCUAGCAUUUCCCAUGGCGCGCGAGUUCCGGAUGUUGACUUACGUGUUAUUCACCUGCAACGCUUGGUUUGCCGCGGCAACGAUAUAUCUGCCUGUCAUCGACAAGGAAAUGGAAGACAGGCACGUUAACCACCGCGAACCGCUGCGGAUCCCGGGUUGCAAACCGGUUCCCUUUGAGGACACGCUCGAGCCGUUCCUGCGCCGGGGUGGGUGGAUGUACGAGGGUUUUCUGAAGGCGGCGCAAGACAUAAUAUCCGCCGACGGGAUUCUGGUGAACACGUGGCAAGAUCUAGAGCCGACUACCGUAAAGGCACUGAUGGAUAAAGACAUUUUAGGGGGGAUCACAAAAGGUCCGGUGUAUUUUGUAGGGCCCUUGGUGAGAAGCAUCGACUCGAAAGCCAACCAUAAAGACGAGGUUUUGCGGUGGCUUGACGAUCAACCAAUGGAGUCGGUUAUUUACGUAUCGUUCGGAAGCGGGGGAACACUGUCGGCGGCUCAAAUCACGGAGCUGGCUUGGGGACUGGAGCUGAGCGAGCAGAGGUUUGUUUGGGUGGUGCGGCCUCCCAAGGAAGAGGAUGCUAGCGGCUCGUUUUUUGAUGUCGUGAAGGGUCGAGAAGAGUGCAUGGAUUACUUGCCGGAGGGGUUUGCGAGGAGGAACCACGGGGUGGGGUGGGUGGUCCCCAUGUGGGCCCCACAGGCGGAGAUAUUGGGACACCCUUCGGUAGGGGGAUUCGUGACGCACUGUGGUUGGAACUCGACGCUGGAGAGCGUGGUGCAUGGAGUGGCCAUGGUAGCGUGGCCGCUGUAUGCAGAGCAGAAGAUGAAUGCCUGCAUGUUGUCGGCGGAGCUUGAGGUGGCCGUGAGGAUGAAAGGGCCGGAGGGAGCGGCGGUGCCAAGGGAGGAGAUAGGAAAGGUGGUGAGGAGAGUAAUGAGGGAGAAAGAAGGGAAGACGAUGAGGGGAAGAGCGAGGGAGCUGAUGUUGAGUGCAGAGAAAUCGCUCUCUCAGCUUGGGGCUUCUCACCAGUCACUAUGUAGAAUGACCAGACACUGUCUCAACCAUCAAAUGAAUGGAAAAGUCUGCUAG